UCUCCACGUGUCCUCACUGCAGGGGUGACCCAGACAAGUGUGACAUCUGGGGCAACACGCCCCUGCACCUGGCAGCUUCCAAUGGCCACCUGCACUGCCUCUCCUUCCUGGUGUCCUUCGGGGCCAACAUCUGGUGCCUGGACAACGACUACCACACACCACUGGACAUGGCCGCCAUGAAGGGCCACAUGGAGAGCGUGCGCUACUUGGACUCCAUCGCGGCCAAGCAGAGCAGCCUCAACCCCAAGCUGGUGGGCAAGCUGAAGGACAAAGCCUUCCGCGAGGCGGAGCGACGCAUCCGUGAGUGCGCAAAGAUGCAGCGCAAGCACCACGAGCGCAUGGAGCGGCGCUACCGGCGCGAGCUGGCCGAGCGCUCCGACACACUCAGCUUCUCCAGCCUCACCACAUCCAGCACGCUGAGCCGCCGGCUGCAGCACCUGACACUGGGCAGCCAACUGCCCUACUCGCAGGCUACGCUGCACGGCACCAACAGGCUCAAGACCAAGAUCCAGCGGAAACUGGAGCGGCGCAAGCAGGGUGGCGAGGGCACCUUCAAGAUCUCCGAGGACGGCCGCAAGAGCGUGCGCUCGCUCUCAGGCCUGCAGCUGGGCAGCGACGUGAUGUUCGUGCGCCAGGGCAACUAUGCCAACCCCAAGGAGUGGGGCCGCUCCCCGCUCCGGGACAUGUUCCUUUCCGACGAGGACAGCGUCUCCCGUGCCACACUGGCGGUUGAGCCUGCCCACUCGGAGGUCAGCACCGACUCAGGCCACGACUCCCUGUUUACCCGCCCUGGCCUGGGCACCAUGGUGUUCCGCAGGAACUACCUGAGCAGCGGGCUGCAUGGGCUGGGCCGCGAGGACGCGAUGCUCGAUGGCGCGGGCACACCGCGGGGUCGGCUGCAGAGUUCCCCCAGCCUGGACGAUGACAGCCUGGGCAGUGCCAACAGCCUGCAGGACCGCAGCUGUGGGGAGGAGCUGCCCUGGGACGAGAUGGACUUGGGCCUGGAUGAGAACCUGGAGCCCGAGACAAGCCCCCUGGAGACUUUCCUGGCCUCCCUGCACUUGGAGGACUUCACCUCCCUCCUACGGCANAGGGGCGCAGCGCUGGGGUCUUCGGGAUUUAUUUCCAAGCCACUCGGGAGGCUGCGGGGUCCUGGGCAGCCUCUACACGUAUGCCUCAGACCGGGCGUCCAGGCAGCCCCAACCCCAGACCCGUUUCCCCGGCCAUCUGGGUGUUUCUCUUCUUCCUGGUCUCCGCAACCCCUUUCAGCUGUGCGCGCCCAUCCGCGGAAAGGAGGUGGGGGCAGGAAGGGGCCCCGCUCGGGUCGCCAGGGGUUGGCCUCCCCGCAGUCAUCCCGCUCUGCGCCCCAAUCCCUGCAGCCCGCUUUGGGGGCGGAGUAG